UACCAGCAUUUAUUAUUAAGUUUAGUGAGGGCGGGGGUAGGUUAGUGAGGGAUUUAAGGUCAUUUGAUUAUGAGGUGAGAUGGUCACAUGGGGAUUAAGUAAUUCUUUAACAUAACAUCUGUAUGCAGAAGUACAGUAUACAGAGAUAAGAAUUUACAAUAUAGUGUGUGCGUCAGUAAUUUCUAACAGAGCCUUAAAACAGAAACAGUCUUUCCAUAACCUAUGAUUAGCAAGAUAUUAAUCAGCAGUAACAGUUGCAGCAAAAACUGGUUACAAACAAUCCAUAGAAACAGGACGUGAGGCUAGACAACCGGUUAGACCAGAAAUUCUCAGAAGGGAGUAUGCCUUAACCCUAAAGAGGCCUAGAAGAGCCGUGGCAAGAUGAGGGCAUUUAUAGCCCUAUCUUAUCCAUAUGGACAGGCACCCUUCAUGCGUUCAUUUAUAGGCUCUCCACGAGGGUAACAUUCCAUUCCCAGAGCUAUGAACAUCAGCUUUUCUGGGAUAGGAAUCUCCGUGAUGUGAAACCUCCCUGACUGCACAUCCGUUCAUAGGCUCUCUGCAGGGGGAAGCACAUCACAUGCUGUUGGCUCUUUGUGGCACUCCAACCUGGCAUUGUCUUUAUACAAUCCUGCAUGCAAUUUUGUAUUUACAAUAAUCAGGAGUAUUUCAUCUUUUAUUCCAUAGCAAUAGUUUCAGGGUGUCUCCCUACAAAGAAGGAAUUAAAGCUGCAGACAGAACUAAAGUUGCUAAUCAGUUGCACUGAAAAUAUGAAGAUUAUCAUCAAUUAUCUAAUCAUAUGAACUCUUAAAAGUGGAAGAUGAAGGCAGAGAGGAUUAGAAAGAAGCCACAUGAGAAAAAUUUGACACCCACUAUUGCUGACUUUGAAGGGGAAGAAGGUGGCAAUAAGCCAGUAAAUAUGGCAUCCUCUACAAGCUGGGAAUGGCCCUCAUAUUACAGAGCAAGAACACAGUACCUCAAUCCUACAACCACAAGGAACUGAAUUCUGCCAAUAGUCUAAAUGAAUGGGAAAGAAAUUAUUUCAUAGAAUCUCCAGAAAGGAACAUAGCCUCCCAAUACUAUGACUUUGGUCUAGUAUGACCCAUAUGGAACUUCUGACCUACAAAACAAUAAGAUGAUAAAUUUGUGUUGUUUUAAACCACUAAAUUUGUGGUAAUUCGUUAAGACAGCAACGAAAAGCUAACGCAAAGAGAAAAUCCAUAGGACCAUAUCAAUAGACACAGAAAAUGCAUUUGACUGAUUUCAUUUCCUAUUAAGAAAUAGAUAAAAUUCAUGGAGGGUAUCUUGUAAUUUGGAGGAAAGAUAUAUCACAUUUAGUUGUACUGGUAGGACACUUUUACUGAAUGGCCUGUAUGGAUGUUUCGGAAAUAUGCAUGCUACUCUGCUCAUCAGGACUUACAUAACCUAGUCAACCCAACUGCGUUGAAAGUAUCUAUGGCAAACAAGUGAUCAAGGUACACAUCAUCAAUAACAAAAUAUACUACAUCAUGAACACCUUGAUAUGAUAAACUAACACACAAAAUCUUUGCUGUAGUAUACCUGGCAAAAAUAACUGAUUCUAAUCAUGAGAAAACAUCAGAGGAAAGCAAAUCUAGGGACAUUUAAAAAAUUGUUGACCAAUAAUUUUCAAAAGUGUCAUAGCUGAGGGUUUGCGAAGGAACAUGGAAGGACAGAGAGCAUGGGACAAGGAAUAGAUAUACCAGGCUGACUAAUCAGCUUUAAAGAACUUACAGGCUUUGCUCUCCAAGCACAUGGGCUUGGACCUCACCAAAAAAAUCCUCACUCCCCAACCGCAUAGAAAGACUUUGCCCCACCCCUACGGUGCGACCCUGCCUCCUUGACCAGUUAAGCCAGCCACCACAUUUCCCACCACCUGCUCCGCUGGGUGCCCCGGGACCCCCUGGCGCACUAAUGACCUCCAGGCCUUCUGGGCAGAGCUUGCCAAAGCGCCUGGGCCCUCCCCAUGGCUCCGCCCACAUCCCGGCUUCUCCUCCCGCGACAUGCACUUCCCGCGACAUGCACUUCCCGCGACGCCUCGGUGCAGCCCCUGGCGAAGCCCAGCGCAGCUCAGCUAAACUCAGCGGAGCCAGCGCGGCGCGAUGGAAGGUCGGGUGCAGCUGAUGAAGGCCCUCCUGGCUCGGCCCCUCCGGCCCGCAGCGCGUCGCUGGAGGAACCCGAUUCCCUUUCCCGAGACGUUUGACGGCGAUACCGACCGACUCCCGGAGUUCAUCGUGCAGACGGGCUCCUACAUGUUCGUGGACGAGAACACGUUCUCCAACGACGCCCUGAAGGUGACGUUCCUCAUCACCCGCCUCACGGGGCCCGCCCUGCAGUGGGUGAUCCCCUACAUCAAGAAGGAGAGCCCCCUACUCAGUGAUUACCGGGGCUUCCUGGCUGAGAUGAAGCGGGUCUUUGGAUGGGAGGAGGACGAAGACUUCUAGGCCGGGAGACCCUUGGGCCUGGGGGCGGGUGUUCUGGGGAGGGUCCGCUGUGCCAGUGGCCACCGCUAGGGUCUCCACAGGUGCCCUCCCUCCGGGCCUCCCUCCCCCUCGAGCCGCCGCGAUGUCCCCUGCACUCCUGUUCCCUCCCGCGUAGUGCUUGCCUUUGUUCCAGGAAUAGCGCUCCAGGCUCCUGCUGCCGCCCCUGGGCCUCACUCUGGAGCGGGCUGCCUCCGCCCUCUCGUGCCAGCCCAGCCCAUCCCAUGCACAUUUGGACGCUGUCCUGCGCUCCAGUUGCACAAAGCUGAGCUCCUGUUACACACUGACAGACCACUGACAGCCGCCGCUGCCAACCCCCCUCCUCCUCACUAGACUUCCAGACGACUACAUCAUGCUGCCCACAGACCUGCGCUGCCACUGCCAUCGCCAUCCAUCGCAUUCCACCGACAGACUGCUGCUUCUAGUGAUCUGUACUCACCUCGGAGGUAUCUGGGCUGGACACAGCCCCUGGACAAUGAUCCAGACAGCUGGCUGCCCAUCAAGGGACCUGUUGCCUUCAGCGAGACCCAUUUCCUCCCCAAUCCCAGAGACUUUUUGUGCUCCUGCCACAUGACUGCCAGGGCUCAGUUGUGCCUGGCAGCCAAAUCGAGUCUCUCAUUUUCUCUUGUGGACCAGUUAGUUUUGCCCAGAAUCCAUUUCUCUUCUGAAUUUGCAGCAUUUUCUCAGGUGCUUUUUGAUCAACAAAAUAACUUGUAUCUUCUGCUUAACUCCUUUAUACUACCUGGAGAAAAGUAUUUUCCAUAUUUUCAAUAAAUGUCAGACACUAUUGAGAAAGAAAGAGAGUCUGAAUGAAUAUGGCACCUUUCCCUCCCUGGUCCUGUAAAUGUGAUUCAUAUCUUGUUCAGAAGCGAUAUCCCCUGCCAUUCAGUGACUGAUGUUGACUCCUGCAUUAUAAAACAUCUAAGAUAGAGUCCUGUGGUAACCUGGGGGAUAGUGUCCCCACUGGUGAUCCUUCUGUCCCAGAUGUUGAAUCCUCUAAACCAGUUAGGAUUAUCCCAAGCCUCUUAGUAAGUGAAUCGUUACCUCAUUUUGGUCAACACUAUGUGAGAAGUCAGCCAGCAGGCUCUUGGAAAAGGUAUCCUCAUUUCCAGAAAGUGCUUUGAAAACACAAUUCCCAAAUUGUUACAAACCAUAAAUCCCACACAGAUUAUUGGUGAACAGCUGUAAAAUUUUACUUAACCCAUGAUUCAGGGAACCAACAGAAUUAUAUAGGUGCUUUUCAAAAGCAUUUAUAAAUUCUUGAUUAUGUAGGUAGUGGGGGGAAAUGCAGAAAUGAGAUCAUUAAUUUAGAUACAAACCUGGUUGAUGACCAGGGGGUUUUAUUUUGCAGAAGAAUUGGGUAUUUGGUAUCAUUUUAUUCAAUUACAUGUGAUCCUGGUACAUUUCAUAAGCUUGGGUAAAAAAAUUUUUUGUUAUUUUCCAUGCACAAUAAGGGAAAUGUUUUAAUUGGCUUUGUGCCUCCUGCUUUACAACAGUUCUGGCCUCAAGUUACCAGGUAGCCUGAACUUUGAUUUUAUUUUACCAUUAAAUUGCUUUAAUACCAUUGUAUUUGGUGAAGUUUUAGUCUUUGUGUAGCUUGUUUCAUAGAUAUACCAAAAAUGAAGGAAGUUUUGUGGUAUAUUCAAUGUAAAACCACAUACAUUGACCCAGCACUUGUUUUUUUGUUGUUAUUGUUCUUUUGUUUGUUUGUUUUUUAAAUUAUACUUUAAGUUUUAGGGUACAUGUGCACGACAUGGAGGUUUGUUACAUAUAUAUACAUGUGCCAUGUUGGUGUGCUGCACCCAUUAACUCGUCAUUUACAUUGGGUAUAUCUCCUGAUGCUAUCCCUCCCCUCUCCCCCCACCCCACAACAGGCCCCAGUGUGUGAUGUUCCCCUUCCUGUGUCCAUGUGUUCUCAUUGUUCAAUUCCCACCUAUGAGUGAGAACAGACCCAGCACUUGUUUUAUGACAGUGAAUGCCUGAAGUGUUGGUCACCGAUCAUGAUUGAACAUUGUUUGUAAUCUUAUAUCUCAAGUGAAUUGCGUGUCGAAUAUCACGUUAUUCAGUCCAAUUCUGUUCCUAGUAUUUUGCAUAAGUUUCCCUUGAAAUUUAUAGGGAAUAUUCAAUUUAAAAAUGAGUAAAUUCAUGGUCAGAUUGAAUGCGUUCAGUUUUCUGGAAUGAAUGACAUUUGCAGGUCACGUUGCACAGUUUUAUUUUAAAACCAUAAUUGUGUAUUUAAUAUGCUGUUUUUCUUUAAAUUUGGCUUUGGGCCUCAUUUCCAGGUGUUCUCCCACAGAAAAAAUGAUGUGUGUAGUUUUUAUAUGCAAACAAGUUAAAGAAGAGUGAUCUAGAGCCAGGCUGGUCAAGACAAGAAUUGGCUGGAAUAGGCUGCUCUUCCCCCAUUCCAUCAUGUGCUGUCCCCACCCCUUUGGCCACCUGGGCUGACUGUGUCUUAAUACCUCAAGUGCAAGUAUAUAGGAGUAAGAAAUGAACAAUGCCUGCCUCCUUAUACUCAUGCCUACAUUGUAUGACAUCUAGUAUGAAAGGGAAACAUUAAAGGAAAACCCUUGUUUUGCUCUAAAACCUGAGGACAGUAAACACUGAGAGUAAUCUGGUACUUGGUUUGAAGUAAAACACAAAUAUUUCCCUUUUAUAAUGGUGAUGGUUGUGUUUGCUUAUUAGCCUUUUUGCUGGUUAAUUCUUGAUACUGACUAGAAAUGUGUAUAUUGCUUCUUGAAAUGAUUUAAUGACUUCUAUAUUGGUGACCAUGGACGUUCUCUAAGUAUAAUCCACUUAUAUUAUAUUUACAAAUCAGCAAGAUUGAUUGCUGGUAUUUGGAUUUUGUGUUAUCUGUGUAUUUGUUACUGGCAGGAAUGCAAAUUUGAGAAAUUAGGAUGCUAACUAGCCUCAUUAAUCUUGGCUUUUCAGGCAGAGCCCUGGACCUUGAACAAUAUCUCCUUAUGGAAUGAAGGACUUUUAUUACAUACCCGUUGCCCAUAGUAUCCUAAAGGUAUACUUGCCAAUUAAGAGCAAAUCUCCCAGAUUUACAUUGUAUUAGCAACUGUCCGAUUUUUGCCAUUGUUUUCUCC